GUCACUGCAGGAGGCUGGCUUGUGGAGAACUGCGGAAGUCAGAGGCAGUGGUCGUUCGGCUGCACAUUGGAUUAAAAACAGGAACUCCAGAUCACGCUGGAAAAGAAGACGUCGUUGGGUCACCAUGGCAACCGAGGGGGAUCCUUCAGACUUGGUCAAAGUGUUACACCUCCUGGUGCUUUCCUUCUCCUGGGGCAUGCAGGUCUGGGUCUCCUUCAUUGGAGGUUUUGCUUUGGUGUGGCAGGUGACUCGGCACACGUUUGGCCUGGUGCAGAGUAAACUCUUCCCGGUUUAUUUCUACUGUCUGCUGGGAAGCCAUUUUGUCAGUCUGGCAAUUUAUGCAGCGUAUCAUCCAAGAGAGCUGCUGGACGCACAUGAAACUGUGCAGAUGGGCUUGUAUUUUAUGGCCUUGGUGACGGCGGGUCUCAAUGCUCAGUGGUUCGGUCCGGCAGCCACUGAGGUGAUGUUCCUGAUGAGGGAGGUGGAGACGGAGCACGGUCUUGGUAACCAGGUCGGACUGGGCGCCGAAAAGGAAGGUUACGCCAAACUCAAAGAGCGAGACCCCAAGUACAAAGCCUACAAAAGAACUUUCGGCCGCUACCACGGGUUGUCCAGCCUCUGUAACCUAAUAGGAGUCAUCUGCACCACAACUAACUUGAUCUACACUGCUCUAAAUCUAUCUACAAUUUAGACAUGGUCAGGUGUCAGUGUCUAAUUGGGGACAAUUACCAAAUACACAGUAUAUGCAUUAUGUCUUUUUCCUCUCUUUUUUUAAGAGAGAGCGAGAGAGAGAGUGAGAGAGCGUGGUUCUCCAGUAGGGGGCGAUGGUGAAACACAUUUAAAAAUGAGCAAACAAGCAGAUAAUGAUUGCUAUUGUUGGAAAAUAGGCGUGUUACACUUUUUUUUUUUAAACGACACAGAAUACUACAUUUAUUCAAUGGCUCAAACUUCUGGAAGGAGCGCGUUAAAUUUCAUUACCCACACAGUAUUUCAAAUAAUCAUUGAAUAAGCACAUUUUCGACAUUUGAUUUGCCCCGAUGAAGAACAUUCUUUUCAGUUGUUAUAGAUCCUGAUGGUCAUGAGUAAAAUCCGAACUAACUUUCAUGUGGAUUUCAGGGUUCGAGUGCACGUUCCGUGUUACAUUUUUUGAACGAGCAAACUACAGAACGCAGCACGGUGCUGGCCAGCACGUUUUUCUUUAUGUUGCUGACGCCAGUGCGACUAAUAGAGUCAUUUUUGGGAUCAUUUGCUAUGCAAGUACGAGUGAUUGUGCACAUUUCUUUAGAAGGGGAAAAAAAAGCAAAGGUGACAAUUGAAUGUUGCUCCUUCCAUUAAAUGGUGUCGUCAGGAAUUAAACCCUGUUCAAGCAAA